CGUCGCUAAUUACACGCCCAAUCACGGGACACAAAAGGACACUUACGGUUUUAAUGAGCCCAAACACCCAACGACCCAGCACUAAUUGCCCAGCCGCACGCAACCCGAUCCUUUGCAUCCUGCCGCGGUGGCAGAAAGCGAACGCAGUACAAACGUACGCUUCCUGUCCACAGCAGCAUGGUUCUGAUGAGGCUGUUCUGUUUUCGACUGUCCGUGCGCCUCGGUUCAAUCAUUGUUGGAGGAUUUUGUAUAUUAGAAACAAUAGUAACGAUGAUAGCGCUGGCAGCAUUGGGUGGUGGUCAAUUUUUAGAGCAAGAAGCAUUGUACUAUGAGGAAAACAUGCACCUGUACAACCCGGACGAUGUGUUCGUCUGGUUGAUUGGGGUGUGCAAAAUGGAGGCCGCUAUGUUCUACACACUGAUUAUGAUCGGCAUGGCGCUGUACCUGCCCUGCUGCGGUACAAUGAUGGUGGGUGCAUAUUAUUUAUUUUUCCCUACUAUUGUGUCGUUACAGAUGAAACGCUACCUUCUAGUGCCGUUCAUAGUGGUGGAGCUGGGGAGACUGUCCUGCAUCACACUGACCCACGUGAUCGGAAUGAUGGUGAUUAAAAAAUCCAUUAACGUAGGCUACCUUAUAGCUCUCACCAUUGCCGGUGGAUUUGCUUUGUUACUGCUGUUCUACCUAUGGGCCUGUGUGGUGGCGUUGAUGCAGAUACUGAAAAUAGUCCGCUCGCCCGAGUACAUUGCCGUGUUCGGGGACAAUCCGUUAGCCCCGAUCGAUCCGGGCGAGACGACCCCGGCCGGUGCAUUUCCGACCGAUCAGACGACGGUCGAGUGGAACGGAAGUGGAUUUAAGCCGGUGCAGCGGAACACUAUCAGCAAGAACCUCGAGCGGUUGCCCCCGACGGCACUUACGGUGGGUCAGUUUAAUGGGCACAACAUGUUGAUCGAUGACUUUCGCCCCCUGCACAGUCGCUACUCGCGCAGUUGGGCUAUUUAGAAUGGAAGAAUGGAAAGAAAAUAUUAAAAUAAAAUUAUUUAGAAUAGAAAAACUGCCCGUCAAUAUUUCAAUAUGUUCAGUUUUUAACAGCUUUUCUUUGAAAUAGCUUUAAUGAAAUUAAUAAAAUAAUUUUCACAA